GUGCUAAAACACUAUUGAAGGUGAUAAGAUACUAUCAAAAGGUGUUAAAUGAAACUAGAUUUGAAUGUACAUGUGCUCUAGCUGUGUCCGUACGUGCUGUCCUUUGUCAAGUCCAUAUAUCAGUCUCUCUCUGAUGAUGAUGAACUACGAGAUAUUGUUCAGCGUGGGGGGAGUGUCCAGUCAAGCCACCCUCAACACAGUGGAGAAACACACGGGCUGUACCGACUGGGUCUCCUGUGCUCCUCUACCCUCUAGGAGGGCACAUGGCGGCCUCGUCUCUGCGAGGGGUAAGCUCUACUCCAUGGGGGGUCUCAACGGUCAUUCUCGAUUGGACACGGUUGACGUACUAGAGCCUGUGAUGGAGGUGUGGUCAAGUGGCCCACCUAUGACUGCACCGAGGAGCGAUUUUGGAACUGUGUUCGAUGGUGCGAGGUCUAUUUAUUGUGUUGGAGGGAUGGUACGAAAUCAAGACGUUGCCACGGUCGAUGUUCUCGAUAUAUGUAAUAACUCGUGGAGAAAGGGACCGUCUCUGCAAGCACCGCGAUCAUUCCUUGGAGCUGCAAUUGUCGACGGUGUCAUAUACGCAGUGGGCGGAGCUAUUGGAAGAAAGAGACUUUCCUGGGUGGAGAGAUUGGACACGAAUGACUCAUAUCCAGAAUGGAAGGAGGUGGCUGGUUUGAAGAUUGCUCGCAGCAGACCUGGUGUGACCCAGCUGAACGGACGAGUAUAUGCAGUGGGAGGAUAUAAUGGGAGCGACUAUCUCAAUAGUGCCGAGUAUUACUGUCCGGAUACCAACCAAUGGGCGCUCAUCGAAAGAAUGGCUAAUCCACGGAACAGUCCGGCCGUGGCGUGUUUUCGUGGAAGAUUGAUCGUUGCUGGUGGUUACGAUGGAAAGAAUAUGUUAGACUCGGUGGAGAGCUACGAUCCUGAACAAGACAGAUGGUCUAACAUGACCUCACUGAGUGCACCCCGCUGUGACUUCACCAUGUGUACUGCUAUUGUGACAGCUGUUACUGCCCUUGGUACAUGGCUAUGACUUUCAUUUUUGUUUCUUAUACACACAUUAUUUUGCACUUCUUUCCUAUGUAUCCUCUUUUUUGUUCAUUUUCUUUUCAAAUUAGCCUAUUCUGCUUUUUUAUCAUGCAAUGUUAUUUAUGUUUUCAAUUUCAAAUUAACUUAUUAUAAUUAUUUGCUGUUGCAAACUCGUAUAUACAACCAACAACACGGUGUUCACACGACACAGGCAAUACAUUACGAUAGCUACCAUAAUUAACGUACAGCUGUAGUAUUGGUUACGUACUGUCAG